UUCCCUUUCCUUUGAUUAUAUGUAAGCCUGUUGAAGAUACAUUUAUAAAUCAAGGAAAUAUUGAAAUUUGCGUAAUAUUGCUACAAGGAAUUGCAAAGUUGACUACGUUUGGUGCACCUUCGUAAUAAACACAAUUGUUCAGUAUAUUUUGACCUUAAAGUCUUCAUUUUCAUUCCUUGUAACUCCAUAUCUUUUGUUUCCUUUUUCUAAUUCACUCGUUUGUACUGGUUUCAGCUAUAUAUAAAUCUAUUCUCUGAAAUUUUCUGUUUUAUCUUUUACCAGUGUUCUGAAUUUUAUUUUACAUCUUUGAAAAGAGUCUUCGAACAUAAAAUGUGAUAAUUUUCAUCUUUUUCAUUUUUCAACACCUUGUUCCUAACAUGUUAUAAUUUUAUAAAUAUACCCACAUCAAUUUCUUGUAUCCAAUUUAUAGCCCCCAAUUUAUUUAUAAUAGUUUCUCUUCAUAAAGAAGAAAUUUCAUUUUUUACACAAUUAACACUGCAUAUUCUAUGCAUAUUCUAUUUGCACUUCACCAAAUUCCAAUAGCCAUUUAUUUAUACAAAUAUGUUUACUUAUAUUUUUACAAAUAUGUAAUGAAAAUGGAAUAUACUGACAAUAACAAAAAUACUAAAUAAUCAUUAUUAAAUACUGUUAAACAAAUAAUUAUUAAAUUACGACAAAUUAAAUUUUGUUGAAAAUAUUAUUAUACUAUUGAGGGUCACUCAUCUUCGACUCAUAACAUACUAAGUCAAAGAGUGCUUAAAUCUUACAGAUUUUAUAUCCCCCAGAUCAUCCUUCUUGUCAUAUUUAUUUUCUUCAGUGAGGUCUCUUUUCCAUUGCUGUUUUUAUUUGUCUGGUCCACUGUAAUCUAGAACGUCUACUUUUCCCCCCCUUCAGUUUGAUUUCUAUUUCCAAGUUUAAAAAAAGUGUACUUACAAAGUUCCAUACCAGAGUUAUUUUCAUUUUUCCAUUUCGCCAUGUAUUAAGUAAUCCAAAGCUUUAAAAAAAAUAUUUCGUCAUUAGUGUCUCGUUUGUAUUUAUUAGUUCUCUAAUUCGUUCAUUUCUCACUUUGUUCAUUAGUGUUAUUCUGCAGCUUCUUAUUCAAUACAUAAUUUCCAUUACAUUUAUUCUGUUUUCCGUUUAUUAUUUAUGCCCUCAUCUCAGCCAUAAAGUGAGCAGCUUUCCAUUAUUGUCUUAAAGAUUUGGUGUCUAGUAAUUUGCACGUAUUCUGAUAAAUAUUUUACCAUUCUACAUUUAAUUCAACAUAAUCCGGCGUAAUGUAUCUAAUUUACAAAUUCACGCUUAAGCAAUAUUUCAUAAAAAAUUCGUAUUUUCUGAAUAUGGAGACCUCAAAAUCUGGGAGUAAAUUCUUCCCUUUUCCAUCUCCAAAUUCUGAUACAGUUGUCUCUUCGAGUGUUGCCUAGCUUCAGUACGCUUAGCGCUUUGUCCUGUUCCAGACUCUUCUCAGGACCAAAUCUUAUGCUAAGCGAAAUUUUCUUCUAUUUGCCCUUCCCUUGCCGCACUAAAGACCAACUUCACCUCCACGAUGGUGUGCGGUGGAAGCAGAUCCAAGUGGCUUGUAUGUAGAUUCAGGUCCCUAAACUAGUGAUGGGACAUUAUGUCACUACUAGUGAUUUUAAAAAUCACUGUAACUACCAUUUCUUGAUAAGUUUUAUAACUGUGACCAAUAAACAGAUAUUUGUCAUUUUCUCACAAAAUGUGUUUAUAUAAUACGAAUAUUUUUGGUGAAUGUGAUGAUUUGUCAUAUAUAAUAAGUAUACAUGGAUGUCUUUUACGAAACGCAUUUUGUUGAUAUUUUAUGCUUUUAUAUAUUGUAGGGUGAGGUUAAUUAUACUCUAAAAACCAUGCCUAUUAUGUCAAAAUAUACAACACUAAUCAAACAAUCAAUUAUAACCCGUAUUUAACCAAAUUUUUGAUAAUUACAAUCUUAUCGUAUAAAUAUGUAAUUUUUAAUUUUUCGAGAUUGAUGUGGUACGAAAAACAUAAAUAAAAUUCUUUAAAAUUACUCAUUUCAAGAGAAAGCAUUCAACAAGGCUUUGUGAUUUUUUGUCUUUGUUAGUAUUGCAAAUGUAUUAUUAUAAAUUAAUACUGUAACUACUUUUUAUUGUGAAUACUGAGGUCAGUUACUGUUUAAAAUCACUGUUAUUAAAAAAUCAUGAUUACUGUUCAUGGCUUAAUUCAAAAAUCACCACGUUCACCAUUGCUGACCUAAACAAGCCACCUGGAUGCUGACCGACGAAGCUCUGGCAUACAGUAAUACUGAGAUGGUACCACUACUGCCACUACUUAUAUCGCUAACACAUGGUCAACUCUACCCAUUUUAUCUUUUAGAUGCAUCUCUCCUACAUUCCGAAUCAAGAAAAGGUUUUUAUUAAUCUUUUUCCCAUUUCCAGAUAAAAUUUUUGAUAUUCAAUCAUCUAGUAGUUGACAAAUUGAAUUAACUUGAAUUUGGUAUUGUUUCUUAUAAUAUAACUCUUCUUUUCAGCAUAGAUGAAUUCAAUUGGUUUAAGUUAAAGGUGCUAAUUGCUAUAUCGUAGCUGCACUUUUUUUGCUACAUCAUCUAUAACACUUAUCAUAUAAAAUGUCCUUCGAUAAUCUAGGAUUUAUCCAGAUAAAUUAGUGCUUUCUUCAACCAAUUUUUCCUUAUUUAUGUGUAAGCAUAGAUUUUCAUGCAUCUAUUAGAUGUAUCACUCAGAAUAAAGCAAACAAAAAUUUAUCCCUCGUUCAUCCUUUUUCCCCUAAACCUAAAUCCCCCAACACACAAGGUAAAGGUGUAAUUGUACCGUGCCCAUACCUGCAUGGCAGUUGUGUGUCUAAAUAGAACUGUCUCAAACGGUCGACUGGGGGCACCAGGCCACACCCCCUUUCAUUUUAGGCCUUAUACCGGCACAGGGAGCGCUGCAGGUAUGUACUGAUUAUUUCUCCCGUACUCGUGGGACCAAUAUGGAAUCCUAUAGAAAACAAAACUAUUCAACCACAGGGGACUCACAGAAGUACCCAACUAAUACUUAUAGUACUACUUAUAAUAUCGAGGCUUAUCGGAGGACUCUGGAAGAGAACAAACAAAAAUCUGAUAAAAAAGAUAGCGAAAGGUUUGAGGGUCCUCGGCAGAGAAUAUCUGGGGCACAGAAGAGGAAGCUUAGAAAAAUGAGGGCCGACGGAAUCGACACUUCUAAGUUCAAAUUACCACCUAGACCUCAAAGUAAUGUUCCAAGAAAUGUUGGAACUAAUGAUAGAACUAUCACCUCAUCGGGUACUUCUAAUACUCAUAGUACUGCUACUACUUAUAGUACUAGUUAUAAUUUUGAGGCUUAUAGGCGGACUCUGGAAGAGAACAAAAAUACUCAGGACGUUAUGCAGACUCAUUCGAAAGAUACCAAUCUCGAGGCUCCUCAGAAAAGACCAUCUGUGUCACAAAGAAGAAAACUCUGGAGAAUGAGGAAACAAGGAAUUGAUACUUCCAAGGUCAUAUUUCCUCCUAAACCUCAAAAGAUUACUAUAGACAAUGCCGAAAUCGCACAGGCCGUUGAACAGACUGUGUUUAACCUCCUUCAGAAAAGAAGACCUACCACCUCAUCAAGUGCUUCUAAUACAUCCACUGAGGCUUAUUGGCGGUCUCCAAAACAGAACAAGCCCACCCCAUCGGGUUAUAAAUAUAGUGAGCAUGUGACGCAGACUCAUUCGACAGAUACUGAUCGGUCAAAAUUAUCUGGGAGUCAGAGGAGGAUUCUUCAGAGAAUGAGGUCAGAGGGCAUUGACACUACCAAUUUUAAAUUGCCUCCUAGACCUCGAAAUACCCCAUACGCAGCGUAUUAUGCCGAAGUCACAAAGGGUCUUAAACGGACUAGAGAAACUACUGAAAAGGAAUUAACAAAAAGAAGCAAACCUGCGCCCAUAAAGACAGCAGUCAUUCCUAGAGAAUAUCCAGACAAAAUUGUGGCUGAGAAUGACGUUGGGGCGAUACAAGAUGCCUUAACGAAACUUAUUGAUGAAGCUCCUUCUGCUCCUGUUUAUGAAAAAAACCGACUCAUGGAUGGGUACUAUGGGUUAAUAUGUGCUGACGAGGAGUCCUUUCGUAUCACCAAGGACUAUUUGGAAGAAAACACUCCGUGGAAGGUAGUUAAGACUGAAGAACUUCCAAAAUCCACAAAAUACGUACGCAUGUUGAUGUAUCUUCCGAACACUAAGAAUGAUGAUUUGACGGCACCUUUGGCGCGACUUGAAAAACAAAAUCCUGGUCUCAGGACCAACCUUUGGAUGAUUCUGAGCUCUGAAGCAACUGCUGAUGAAGGACUGCAUGUGAGUCUUCGGAUCGAUAAAGAGUCUGAAGAAGUGCUUAAACGACUUGAAUGGAAGCCUUACUUCCUUUUACAGAGAGCGAGUUUUAAACCGUUGGAUUAAGUCAAAAUAAAACAAUCCUGCAACUGCAGGCGGCUAAAGGAAAACCUACUUCAUAGAUCAAAAGUUCCGGCCCUAACCAUGAGAUGGUGACUAAAAAAUAUAGAACAAUUUUAAUAAAAGUUUCUUGAGUGGAGAAGAUUCGAAAAUCCACAAUACUAGAAUGUCUCAGCAAGACUAUUGAGUAUAAAAACCAUCAAGAAGAGAAAGCUAGACUAUUUCGGACAUGCAAUGAAAGGUCCCAAAUAUAGGUUGCUACAAAAUAUUAUGCAAAGGAAAAUAGCAGGUCAACACAGUACAGAACGAAAAUGAACUUCAUGGUUGAAGAACUUGUGACAUUGGUACCUAUGCUGUUGCUACAACCUAUGGUUUUCCCAUUUAGGCCCGGGACCAACAUAAGGUGGAAGAAAUUACAAAAAGGUCUAGUGGAUGCCCCAAAAAUUAACAAAGUGCAAAUUCAAGAUCGUACAGAUCAAAACUGAAUACCAAUGGGUUGGUUAUGAAUUGUUUCAUCUAUAUACCCUUCUAUUGAUUCUAAAGAACAACUUUCAGAUAAAUAAUUUUUUAAAAUUGAGUCCUCUCAGAUAUUUUGAUUUAGUUUUGCUUAUUUGCUUCAAUGUCGAAUACAAGCAACAUGUUGGCUUACUGUCUCGCUAACUAUUAUCUUGAAGUCCUUACAUUCUUGUAUAUUUUCUUUUCUUGUCAUCAUUUUUUUAUUGGAGAAUGGUUUUGUCCACUUUUGCAUGUAAAAGUUAAAUCAUUCAAUACUUCUUUAUCAAUUACAGUUCGCUGACAUUAUUCUAUCACUCGUUCUUGGACCAAGGGAUGUGUCACUUUUCUAAUCAACCUAAAGCUGAGUAGGGAAAGAAUUAAUCCCAGGGGACGAGUUUUGCAAGGACCUUGCACAUCCUUAAACGGUCCCAAGACUGCUGGGUACUCCCAACUAGUGACAGGUGGCCCUAUUGAAACAACCCAGUGGAUAUAGGCUGGAGGUAGUCGAUAAACAAUCCCCAUGCCAAGCCGUGAGACACUGUGGUGAAGGCAACAAGGCACUAGGGUGAGAGUGUCGCGAACGGUUCCUUUGGGGCACCAGGUCGCACUCCAUCGUAUUUAGACCUUACCGCCUUGGCAUGGUGAAUCUCUCAAGGCUAUGGAGAAGAAAGAUCUAUGCAAGGUGCAAUGGUACGAUCUUCGUACCUAAUGAACAUGGGAAAGAAUGGUCAACAGGAUUUUUAGUAGACUGACGAUCAGUAACCAUGGACUCGGACAUGAACAGAUCUAUGGAUAGUCUGGGAUUCGUCAUUUUUGGACAAAGGGGUUUUAUGAACAUUCGCAGUCGAUCCUGAAUCUGUAUUAGAGCUUGAGAAACUUGAAAUGUCACCCUUUUUCGGAAUGGGAUAUUAUAACAAAUCGCUCCACUUAAACAUGGGAAACAAAUAUCUAGAAUGGUGGAGGAAUACACCAAGAAACACUUCAUUUUCAAAUUGCACCUCGCAAUUUAUUUAUAUUGAUUCCGUUCAUAAAGAAGACAUUUCAUUUUUUACACAAUUAAGAACAUCAAAAUAUUGCUCUCCUUGCUUGACCAAUUUUAGCCAUUUAUAGAUGUUCUGAUCAAGAUUACCAUUUUUCAAUCAUUGCAUUAUGCAAGAUUCUAUUCGGCAAUGUCUGUGAUAUAUAGAUUCACGUUUGAAAACUGUUUCUGGUGAAAAAUCCUCUUUUUCUGUGUCUUAACAGAAUACUAUCAAAAACAAUUUAUUGAGUCUCCCUAAAAUCUGCAGGUCACUUUUCCAUCUCCAAAUUCUUACGAAUUGAGACAAAAUUUGAACCCAUUGGAAAAAAGAUUAUGGUACAUUUAAGUACUGAUCUACAAAUUAUGUUUCUGUAAGUGUUGCCUAUAUGAGUACCUUUAACACUUUCUCCUGACUCCUGACAUCUUCUCAUGAUCAAAUCCUUAAUUCCAAGUCAUGAUACUUUCUUCCCACUUACUUUUCUUUCUUGAUUAUCUACAGGGAUUUAAACUGCACAAAUUGGGAAGUUAAACUGAUCUUAAAUCAAAAGAUUAAGGAAAUAAAAUUAAAAAUAUCAAAUCAUUUUGAUUGAGAUGUCAUAGAAUGUAUAAAAAACUGGACAUACAUUUGUAAUGUAUUUUAUAAUGUAAAUUUAAAACUUAUUCUGUAAUAUAAGCCGUAUGUUAAAUAAAAAAAUAUAAACUACCCAGUCGAGCCUAAAACAAUUAGAAGAAAAAUGCCUUUGUGGAAUAGAACACUGGAAAACCUAAAAAGAACAAGUAAAGGGCCUAUCAAAUAAAGAAAGAAAUUGGGGAAGUACAAAACAUACAGAAAAACUCUUGCAGAAUAUAACUAAGAGACAAGAAGAGCAAAAAGAGAAUCUUGGGAAGGAUUAUUUCAUCCAGUGUAAUACAUUAACAUUAGCUAUGUUGAUUAUCCCAGUUUUCAAUCUAGAGCUCCAACAGAAACCUAAGCCAUAUUGGGUACCCAAAUUUUUCACGUAGAACAGUAAAAUCUUGCUUCAACAGAAAUAUUUAGAGAUAUUUGGUACUCUAAUGCUACAUCGAAAAUGCAGGGGGUAGGAGUUUUACCAGAAACCCAAGAUAUUGAGCUCAUUUGAGAGACAUGGAAUCACAGGGCGUAUGUUAAAGGAAUACCAAGGUACUCAUAAUUCAUCGCUGAAGAUGUCACAACAGCAGAAGUGGAAAUUCUAGCUGAGCUCUGCCUGCCUUCUUGAAGAUAAUUCAUUAUUAGAGAGGGUUGAUAGCCUCAUCAAUAUAAUUGCUUCCUUACAAAAAUCAAUUGAGAAAUUGGAUAUUAUGGAUGUAUAUUCCAAGCAAAAUUGAAUAUAAGAAGAGAGGAAUUCCCUUCCCCAAGAUCUUUUCACAAUUGAUUUUGAACGAGUCUUUAUAAAAGGUAAUGAAUGGUGGAGUCGCUGAGGUAGAAACCUGAGCCUUGGCUGAAAACUGGGUUCAAUUUUACUUAAUUCGUAUGUAAAAUGUUCUCAUUGACUAAGUUAUGUUAAUAAUUUAAUCAUUUUGUCACAGAUUUUAUGUUAAAUUAGUUUUUUUUUUUACUUUAGGAUUAGGUAUACUGGUAGUGUACAAUCUUUGUUAAUUCUAUGUAGGGGUGAUUCCAUUUCAAGUCACUCAAUUUUGGAUCUCCGAUUUUUCUGAAAAUUGGUGUAUAGCAUCUGCGGAAUGUAAAAAUAAGAUAUUUAAGGUUGAAUUGUCUUCUGAUGAAACUUCGUACCCUUGUAAAUUGUAACUUUCCUACAAUAUGUAUUCAAUAUUGGUCGAUAGAUAAACAGAAAGAAGUUUAUUGCAGCGGUGUUUAUUACACCACUGGCCUAGAUAAUAACACAUGUUGGGAAUUUCUAUAUACAAGCAGCAGUUGGGUUAUUUAUUACUUCGCUAAAAACAGGUAAAGAAACAUAUUCUUCGAUUGCAUUUUUCCCCGUUAUAACCAAUCCUCGUUAUAGAGGUGUUAUAGUUCAAUAGGAAUAUCAUGAAGCAUUUAGCGUACCUCGUUAUAAGCGAAACCUCGUAAUAUCCGUUUUCGUUAUAGAGAGAAUUCACUGUAUUAUGUUUUUCAUUGAUACUUUACGAUAGAAAAUGCAAAUUUGUUUAUAUAAACACCAAAUCCCUGUAAAAUCGAAUAAAAUAACAUUUUGAGAAAAAGAAGAAGACUUUUUGACCUUUGUCUUAUUUUUACGUCCCGCAUAAGCUAUACACUAAGUUUCAGAAAAAUCGAAGAUCCAAAAGUUUUUGUCCGAUUGAUCUGACAUGGAAUGUACCGUUAUUGUCUGUAAUUUUUGAAUAUUUUAAAAUUUACGUCCAUGUAUAUAUAUAUAAUAUUUAUAGCAACUGUAAAAUAUUAGUUUCCUAGUUCAAUAAAAUUUAAUGUAAUAAA